AUGGGCAGCUUAACUGGUCAUAGGGUUGAAGUUUGGGAGAAGAGACCGGAGAUUGAGUCUCACCAACGGCAAUGUGGGAGCAACCUCUCAAAAUACUUUGUCGGGCCGGGAGUUGGGGAUUCAACCUUUUGGGAGAAGUGUAACAUUUUGGAACAAGUUAGAUAUGAGACUUCGGAAAAAAAAAAGCGUUCCCCACUCAGACUCCAUCGCCGUCGCACCCGCUGCUCAGACUCCAUUGCCGCCGCACCCGCUACUCAGACUCCGUCGGCUUUCUCGUUGCAACUCUAUCACCAUACCUCCAUCAACUUCGUUGCCCACAAUAGAGCUUGGUCAAAAGAGGUUUUCGCCCAUAGCAGCGCCCACUGUCUUCACCUUCGCAGCCGCUCAUCGCCGUCGCCGGUGCUCAUCGCUGUUUGCUUGUUUUCCGUCAUCUUCGACAUCGUUGCUAUUUCUCGUCAACUGUGCCUUAUUUGCUACAGGGAAUAUAAGCAGCAUAAAAGGGGGAUUAAGGCUGCAGAGAAUGGAUUAUCAACGGUGGUGAGCUUCGGAGCAUUAGCACAAGCUGGGGGUGGUGAGCUUCGGCGGUGGUCCUCUGAUCUUGGAUUUGUCCUAACGUGCAAUCAAUUUCUUAAAACCACAGGUGUUUGGUGUGACAGGAUGUGGCCUGGUGGAUGGACAACUGUAACAGAGUAACAACAGAUGGAAAACGUAGUGCUCAGUUUGAACACACAUUGUUGCUCAUAUAGGAAUCAUUGUAAUUCAGUUGACUUUUGCAGAUAUCUGCACUUGAUGGUGAAACUGAUCUCAAGACAAGGGUAGUGACCCCUGCUUGUAUUGGAAUUGAUUCAGAUUUAUUGCACAAAA